CCACAACGGGCCUAAAACCAGCAGAGUUGCUGCUGGGAUGAUGGCCAAAAUCACUUCUUGAUUUAGUCAAGCCGAACUUGGCAGAUGGCGUCCUGCAAAAACAGACAAGGCAGAAGAUAGACCACGACCUUCGAGCGAAUGACCGGAGUUUUACCGUGGGACAACUAGUGUACGUCCGAAAUUUUGGCUGGGGUCCACAAUGGCUCCCAGCACAGAUCAUAGGCCAACAUGGUCCUGUCUCAUUUACAUGCAAAGGAGUGAACAACAAAAUUUGGCGGCGCCACCAGGAUCAUUUGAAGUUACGCUAUCCCAGUCCAACAGACAACGGCGACACAACACUCAUCAAUCAAGGAGAACCAUUAGCUCUCUGGUGCGGGACAGGCUGGAAGAACCAGUUUCAAACUCUACACUACUCGACGGGAAGGUUUCAGCAACAUCCAAUUUUGGAGAGACAGAACCGAAUGUUGGUGAUCUAGCUUCUAUGGGACGACCCUCAACCGGGAAUAUCCUGAUUCAACCGGAAGCAGAGGCUCAAGAAGAGGCUGGCACAUCCACUUCAGCUACACAGACCUUGAAAAACGACACGAGGCAGCUGCAGAGGCAACCAACAGAGGCGUCUGGAGUAAGACGAUUGGGAAGAGAGCGGAAAGCACCGAAAAGACUCGAUUUAUAAGAUUUGUAAGGGCAGCUGUUGUAAUAACAAAGUAGU